AUGCAACCCUUGCCACUUUAUCUCGAGAAUGAGCAGCGCCCAUUUGAGAGCCACAAAUACAUACUACUCAAGGGCACCGACAGGCGGAAAAUCGAACUCGAUGUUCGUGAUACCGAUAUGGUCCUCGUUGUUGAAGUCUACAGACGCACCAUUCAUAUACUACAUCUGUACCACGUGCGUUCAGAGACGGCUGCUGCUGCACAGACUGCUAUCGAGGACUUUCUUGACCAAUUGAAGUUACUCCAUGAGCAGAAGAGCAUCAAGAGCAGGAGGGAGUUUAUCAUAUCAGGUUGUACGGAUGAUGAAUGCCAUGAUAACCUCAAUGACUUUGUCACAAUGCAGGCCGAGGAGCGUGGCCUUCACUUUGACUGGACUGACCAUUCGUGGCCGCGUGAACAGUAUCGGCUUACUUGGAGACAGCCGGGUUACAUUGUUUCUUUCUGGAAAGAUGGUACUUCAAAAGUAUAUCCAUCAUGUUCCGAUGAGCAGAAGCAUCGGGAGUGCAAGGCAGCAGGAAAUACGCGACCGAUAUAA